GGCCGCUGUUCCUAAGUCAUGAUUGGCGAAGGCCGAAGUCAUUCCUGAGCGUCCCGGCGUCAGCCCGCCUUCUCGCCGCGUCGCGGGUGCCUGCGCCGCCCGCUCCUCCGCGCCUCUUCUCUCCCGGCAGAGGCCCGGGGGACCAGAGCGAGAAGCCAGGAUCAUGUUCCGACGCAAGCUGACGGCCCUUGACUACCACAACCCUGCUGGCUUCAAUUGCAAAGAUGAAACAGAGUUUAGAAAUUUUAUUGUUUGGCUUGAAGACCAGAAAAUCAGACACUACAAGAUUGAGGACAGAGGAAAUUUAAGAAACAUCCACAGCAGUGAUUGGCCCAAAUUCUUUGAAAAGUAUCUCAGAGAUGUGAACUGUCCUUUCAAGAUUCAAGAUCGACAAGAAGCAAUUGACUGGCUUCUUGGUUUAGCUGUUAGACUAGAGUAUGGAGAUAAUGCUGAAAAAUAUAAGGAUUCGGUACCUGAUAAUGCAAAAACUGCUGAUAAUGCAACGAAAAAUGCAGAGCCGUUAAUCAAUUUGGACGUAAAUAAUCCUGAUUUUAAGGCUGGUGUGAUGGCUUUGGCUAACCUGCUUCAGGUCCAGCGUCAUGAUGAUUACUUGGUAAUGCUAAAGGCGAUACGCAUAUUGGUUCAGGAGCGCCUGACACAAGAUGCAGUUGCUAAAGCAAAUCAAACAAAAGAGGGCUUGCCUGUUGCUUUAGACAAGCAUAGUCUUGGUUUUGACACAGGAGAUGCAGUUCUUAAUGAAGCUGCUCAGAUUCUGCGAUUGCUGCAUAUAGAAGAACUCAGAGAGCUACAGACAAAAAUUAAUGAAGCCAUAGUAGCUGUUCAGUCAAUUAUUGCAGAUCCAAAGACAGACCACAGACUGGGAAAAGUUGGAAGAUGAACAUUUUAGGAUUUCAGCUUCUCACCUACUUAGUAAACUGGGGACUAUGUACACUUCUGGCAUGUGUUUGGAAAUCAAAUGUCAAAUUUUCGAGGGAGGAAUCCCAGAAAAUUGACUAUGUUCUAGAGAUUUACCAUCAUUGUUUUUUUUCUUUAAUAAAGUUUGGGAAAGUGGAUUUUUU